AUGGGCAAAUCCCAGCGCCUGUUCGCCGUGACCAUCUGCGCCAAGCGAAGACCCGGUAUGGACGAGGACGCCUAUCACAAGUACAUCAGCGAGACCCACGCGGGGCACCUGAAGGAUCUCCUGGUGAAAAACAAGAAUGUGGAUUACACCGUGCAACACAACACCUCCGACCUGAUGAAGGACAUCGACAACCUGUUUCCCAACCUCUCUUCCGUCAACCCCUCAUCGUAUGACGCCUUCAUGACAAUCGUCUUCCGCGAUGUGCGGGAUUACAUCCACGUGAAAAAUGACCCGCAUUACGUGAGUGUCGUCAACCCGGACCAUGCCAAUUUUGGCGAUGGGCCGGGCACCAUGAUGUCUUUUGGCUGGUCUGAGAAGCAUGUGGCGGAUGGCAGGCUUGUCGAGGGCUGA